AUGUUAUGUGUGAAUGAUCUAGGAGGGGACUUCAUGGGAGUUGGUAAAGGCUCCUUAGCUGCUGAUAAGGUUGUUGAAGAAAUAAGAAGGAAAGGCGGAAAAGCAGUGGCCAACUAUGAUUCAGUGGAAGCAGGAGAGAAGGUUGUGAAGACAGCACUGGAUGCUUUUGGAAGAAUAGAUGUUGUGAUCAACAAUGCUGGAAUUUUGAGGGACCGUUCCUUUGGUAGAAUAAGUGAUGAAGACUGGGAUAUCAUCCAGAGAGUUCAUUUGCGGGGCUCAUUCCUGGUGACCCGGGCAGCGUGGGAUCACAUGAAGAAACAGAAAUUUGGAAGGAUCAUCAUGACUUCAUCGGCUUCAGGAAUAUAUGGCAACUUUGGCCAGGCAAAUUAUUGUGCUGCAAAGCUGGGUCUUCUGGGCCUUUCAAAUUGUCUUGCAGUUGAAGGCGAGAAAAGCAACAUUCAUUGUAACACUAUUGCCCCUACUGCUGGAUCACGGUUGACCCAGAACAUUUUGCCUGAUGAUCUUCUGGAAGCUCUGAAGCCAGAUUACGUGGCACCCCUGGUCCUUUGGCUUUGCCAUGAGAGUUGUGAGGAAAAUGGUGGCUUGUUUGAGGUUGGAGCAGGAUGGAUUGGAAAAUGUAAGUCCCUUUUGGUUUUUGGUUUGCCAUACAUUAUUUCCAUAUCUUUAAACCUGCAUAUCCAGCCCCGUCCUCGAAAAGCUGCGUGUAAUUCUGUGAGGGAACGAAACCGCCCGCCUCGGCCCGGCACGACGAUGACCACUUGCCUGAGGCGUCUCACAACAGGAGGUCCCGACACGGAACACGGUGCUGCCGAGGAAAACUAA